AUUGCGCGACGCAGAACCCUCGCCCACAAGCGCUGAUAGGCUGACUCGCCGUGACGACAUGAUUGCGCGCCGCAGAGCAUGUCAGGUGACUGUCCCACGGUUCUGCGUGUGUGAGAAUUCCCGCGGGUUCCUGGUAACAUGUCUUCCCCGUCGCCGGAGCUUUUCAGCCCACUUCCCGCGGCCACAACGAGUGACUUGGUUGAAGCAGAGGAAGUAGUGAAGAUGAAAACAGAAAUUCAGCAUGAAGAAAUUAAGAUACCGACUAAAAAGUCGCUGAAAUUGCCGAGGCCUCGCUUUGACGUCUCAUUGUUCUACCUGACUCGGAAGUUUGUGGACAUAAUCAAAGCUGCUCCGGAGGGUGUUGUGGAUCUAAAUGAUGUUGCUAAUACGUUGGGGGUGCGGAAAAGGAGAGUAUAUGACAUUACCAAUGUACUUGAUGGGAUCAACCUAAUUCAGAAGAGGUCAAAAAAUCAUGUCCAGUGGAUGGGUUCUGACCUGAAUCACUCUGGAACAAAGAUCCCAGAAGAACAGAAAUUGCGUAAUGACAUCAGUGAUCUCACAGCUAUGGAGGAGGCCCUGGAUGAUUUAAUCAAGGACUGUGCUCAUCAAUUGUUCAAACUAACAGAGGACCGUGCCAACAGGAAGAUGGCAUAUGUAACUUAUCAGGAUAUACAUAGCAUUGAGGAAUAUCAUGAGCAGAUAGUGAUUGCAGUGAAAUCACCCGAAGAAACAAAACUGGAAGUGCCAGCUCCCAAAGAGGAUUGCAUAGAGAUCCAUAUAAAAAGCACAAAGGGUCCCAUUGAUGUGUACUUGUGUGAAGUGGAACAGGAGACUACCAAUAAGAAGUCAUUUGAACGGUUGUCCAAGACUCUAAAGUUAGAACCAGAGCCGAUUCCGAUUGAUGACGACUGAAGUUCCAGCAUUUUGUGUUUACCAGACAAUCUGACUUUUCAAUGCAGAUGCAUUUUGCACAGACACUUUAGUUUCCUGUUUCAUGUUCUUUCCCAUUUAAUGAGAAUCGUUGUGGCAUUCUGGAAUUAGUGCCAUCCUAACCUCAGUCCCUGCAGACUAAGUUAAAUCCAAGAUCCAUUGAUCAAGGGAACAGAAUUACCUUAUGGAUUUGGGAAGAAAACGCAUACACAGCCUGGAAAGAGAAGCAGAACCGUUGAGCAGCACUUGCAACAUGCAACAACUGUAUGCAGGGGUUGUGAAUCAUUGUUAGAGGGCCAUGGUUUGUUCAACUUGUCUUACUGGUGUGUUAAGUUAUUAUGCUGAAUUGUUUCUCUUGAUCCUCCCCUUUCUGUUACAGAGAUCUGUUUAAGGCACCUAGUGAGUUUUGACUAAUGCCGUCACUGAUGUUAUAAAAUCAGGAGUGCAGAGUUGGGUGCCAAACAGGCCAAAACUCUCUUGGCACUUCAGAUUCAAUCACAUUAGCAGAAGUGAAAGACUGAGAGAGGGGUUGAUGGCUGUUGUUUUUUGCCAGAGGGCAGCAGCAGUCAAGGGAAAGGCCAAAUGGUUAGUGUAGGAUAUGAGUUAAUGUUGCUAAUCUGUAUCUGUACAGGAAGCAAAGAUCAUAACUGACCUCAGACAUAAAAAGGGGCUAUCGGGUAAGAUUUAUCAUUUAUACAUUUUCUACGCUUAAGUAUUUUGUUAGGGAGAUGCCCUGCUGAAGUCAGACAGUAGCAGCAGUUGUAUGGCAUCAGCCUGGCUUCUGUAGGGGCCCUAAAGACUGUUACCCUAGGUAGACUUGGUCUAUAGUUAUGAUGGGAUAAUACUUUGUUUAAAUCAUUUUAUUCCCUACUUGGUAAAGCUGCUCAUAUUUAGCCUCUAAUUUGUAUCUGUUUCUUACUAGCCGAUAAUGCAGUUGCUAUCGAGUAAGGAUCUUCUGAGUAGGCUCCACUGAACCUCACAGGUCCUGCAGAUACAUUAGAAAUGCUUACAAACUCUUUUACCUCAAUGUAGUUAUGAAAUAUACAAGUUUAUUUUGCAGAUUGAUAUGAAGUGGAUCUGUAGUAAAAAGAAUUCUAUAUAAACCAAUAGAAUUCCAUCUUAACUGAUGAUUAAUGCAGUUUUUAGACUUGUAAGUAUAAUACCUUGAAGGAGAACUAAAGUUUAAGUGUCAAACUGAUAGUCACCUUUAAGAAAUUAUAGUACCUUACCUGAUACUCUGGGUUAGUGCUUCCAUUUGCUAAAAACUGCACUGGCCUGAGGUAUUACUGUAGAAGAUCCUCUUUGGGGUUCCUCCGUGGUCUUUUUGUUCCAGACUGGGCAAUCGCAUGCGCAGUAGAUCAAAAGCUGAACUUAGAACCGUAAACCUGUUUUGUUAUUGGCUGCCUGCCCCCAGAGAAAAGAUGACAGAAGAGGAUGCAAGAUUGUGCCAGUAAGCCUCUACAGAAAUACCCAUGGUUAGUGUAGUCUGGGGGAAUCCGGUAAGUGAUUACAAUGGGGGGGAAUUUAAACUUUAGUUCUCCUUUAAUGCAGCCCUGUUCAGCUAACAAAUCGGAGGGAAGUUGCAGUUCAGCAUCAUUCGCAGACUGCAGGAUCCCCAUUCUCUAUCCCAUACCCGCUCAGCAUGAACAAGUGCAUGACAGAGGAUAAAUCCUCUCUUGCCAUAACAGUGCUUUGUGUUGGAAUCCGCCACUGUAAGGGCUAAUGUGUCCUUGAUCCUACAGAUACAUGAAGCAGUAAUGGAAACUUCCCUCCCGAUUGUUGGUAAUUGCAAGUGCUGUUAGCACUGCACCGUAGAUUGCUGCCUGAAACAGACAAUAAUGCAUUUUUAGAUGAUAUUCUCUGGUCUCUGGCAACCUGCUAUGAUCCACAGCGUUUUGAUAUCUGCUGCUUGUAAUGGCUAAGUAUGCAAAGCAGUGGUAAAGGAAAAGUAACACCAAAAAAUUUAAGUAAUUUAAAUAUAAUGUACUGUUGCCCUGCACUGGUAAAACUGGUGUUUCUGCUUCAGAAAAAUUACUUUAUAUAAAUAACCUGUUGUGUGGCCAUGGAGCUGGAAAUAAAGGACAGGUUACAUAACAGAAAACAGAUGAGCAAAAUGCAAUGGGUUUUGUUCUUACACAGGAAGGUUACCAUAGGUUAAAUGUCGUGGCUCUCUGGAACUAGAAUGAAAACCCCACUCAUGAAAUAGGAUAAUUGCCACAGUUGCCAGUAAAUUGAUUACUAGCAGGUUCUAGAACAACAGAUACAAACUUUAAAGUUUCACUUUUUGGCAUUACUGGUCCUUUAACAUAAACUAUCAGCUUAAGCAAGUAGCUGUGCCCAUGUAUGGGUAGAUUGAUUUCUGCUUUUUGUAAAUUAAGCUUGGAAUUGGCAUUGAAUUUAGUUUGCUUUGGUUUGGUAUGCCUAUUUGGCUUCCAUGGAUCUGUUAGAGGGAUCUAUUUAACUUACAUGGCAGCAUGUUUAUUAUCUAGGGGCUCCAAUGCUGAACACUCCCCCCUUUUAUUUACACUACAUGAAGUACAGCAAUCAGCACCCCAAAUCUGUAAAAACAAUUUAUUUGCAAAGCCCACAGUCAGCAGUGGGUUUGAUUGUAGCAGCAAAUGACUUUGUAUGUGUAGAGAUUGUAGAUAGAUCAUUGUAAAUAGCCCAUUAGAGAGUACAAUUAGGUGUAAGCGUGCCACGGCUUCAGCACUAACUGGUCCCCACAUUUGUAUGUAAAUCCACUGUACAUUUGUUCUGAAAUCAUCUAAACCAGUUUUUUUCUAAGUUUAUGUUCAUAUGAAAAAAAAUUAGGUUGUCGUUAGCUUCUAGACUGAAUGCUGGGAGUUGUGGUUAGGAGAGCCUCAACUUGAUGGGUCCUCACCCGAUCUUCCCAUGUAUUGUGCCAGCUUUACAUUUAAAUGUGCCUUAACAGCAGCUUUUUAUUCUACUACACUUGGGAAAAUGUGCCUUCUUCUAAAUAUAGGGCCAUCUUAAUGGGAGAAUGUGUGUCCAUGGUCUCUCAGGGCCCAUUUGAGGUAUAAGUAAAUAAGAUAUUGUGUAAUAGCCUUUCUACAUCAUGCAGGUGUUUCCCAUUGUCCAAUGAGAGCUACAGUCAGUCGACAUCACUGUGGCCUGUUUUUCUUUUUUGUCUGAUCUGUUUUUUACGAAAGGAUAAAGCAGCCAGGAACCUUGUAGCAACCAGUGAGCUAUCAAUAGUAAAGCAGAUUAGUGGCCAUUUCCACUUGCCCUGUAUACUCCCAGGCUGGCUGGCUCUCUGUUCUACUACAGUUCCCAGCAUUACCAGCAAAUGUAGAACCCACUGUCUGGAUGUAUGUUGUUGUGCUAUAACUCCCAGCAUAACCAGCAACUGUAAAACUGCAUAGUAAAUAUAACCGGUAUGUACUAUUGAUAGGUAACCUGUGGCGGUAGCUGCCGCGCUAGAGUUCUGGGACAGCCAUUGGGAUAUGUUGGGGGCUGCAGCUGGCAACCCUUGCCACAGGCAGGUUAUCGCUAAUGGUCCUGUUUGUUUUGUGUGCUGCCAGUCACACUCACUGCAACUUUCCAAGCCUUUGUACAGUUUGUUUUUUUUGUAUUCUGUUAUUAAACUGUUCUUUCCAGAAA